AGUAAUGAAUGGCAUGAGCAUUGCUUUACUAUUUUUGACAAGCCAUAUCAAAGCGCUACCUUGGAACCUACGCUACCUUCAAUCUGUUUGAACUUUUAUUCACAUUUAUUCACUAGGCAUAAACCAGACAAGGAGAAGAAGAAGACCGAGUUGGACUAAUUAGCCUACUACUAACCUGAAUCAAUCACCUAUCUGCAAACUGACACAAGCUUCUACAUUUUCAUAUUUUCAAGCCGAAAGGGAUUUUGCUUCUGGACAUGUGAAUCAAAGGAGUUACUGCGAACCCCUGAAAAUGAAGCUACUAGCAUCGGUUCUGUGUUUCUUGGGCUUUCUGCUCACUUCUGCGCUGUUUCGGAGGAUCUCUUCACAAGCAGUAUGCGCGGGCACAGAGAACAAGCUGAGUACUCUGUCAGACCUGGAGCAGCAGUACCGCACCCUGAGGAAGUACUAUGAGAACUGUGAGGUGGUGAUGGGCAACCUGGAGAUCACCAGUAUCGACCGCUCCAGAGACCUCUCCUUCCUCAGGGUAAGACCUGACACUACCAUCCCUUCUUAGCUUUUCAC